GUCUUAACUGUCUGGAGCUAUGAUAUUCUUUGUCUUCAGCUCCAGGGCUUCUGUGCUCAGGGGUGAGGUGCCUCCUGCUUAGCAGGGUCUGGUUGAAUCCAUGCCUGGUCCUGAGGAGGGGGGUAGCGGAGGCCUUUUCAGGUGCUGGGAGGGGUCCCACCAUGUGGGGAGAUGUUGAGGAGAGGCUGGCGACCCCAGAAACAUGGAGGAGGCCUUGGUGGCCCCAGCAGGGGCACUGUCAGUGGGGUCGUGUAACACGUAACACAUAGCACGUAGCUUGUAGCUGAUGUUAUUAGGAGCAUCUGUGUGGUGGUGCUGCAUUCUAUAGGGAUUAGUUGGCUUAAUCCUCACGGCCUCCUGGGGGAAAGGGACCUGAAUGUGGAAAGAUGAGGUCACUUUCCUCCCAUCUCUUAGCCGGGAGCAGAGGAGCCUCGAGACGGAGCAGAGGAGCCUCGAGACGGGCAGGGACCUGAAGGUGGUUGGGGUCAGUGGGAAUGAGGCCCAUUAGCUUGGUCUGCUGCAGGGACAGGUUUCUCCUUCACUUGAUGGGGACCAACUGCAGGGCUUUUGGGGUCCCCUUCCUCACCCUCCACAAGGCCAAAGGCCAGGGCCUCUAGAACUGCUGCUUGGUCUGUCUCUGUUUUCUUGUCUCUUCCCUCUGCCUGGAGCUGGCUCCUGGUCCAUUUGUGCUGGGAUUGCACUUUUGUCCAUCUCUCAUCGGAGCCUUUGUUGCCCUCAGAAUUCAGGACUUUCAGGCCAAAUCUCAGUGUAGAGCUUGAUUUGCUUGUCCUUUUCUUUUUGUUUUUUAAGCCUAAAUAACUGGAUCGCUGAAAAUCUGAACUUAGUUAAAGUUUAAACCUAGAUUUUAUCCGGAAACCUAAAUUUAAUGAUUCAAAGCUUGUUCUUAUCAGUUUCAGAAAGUUAAUUUCUUUCUUAAAAAAUAAACCUAUGGGCAGACGUCAGUGGAAGCUCAAGACGUGUCUUCGGUAGUGGAAGAUUCUUCAACCAGUCAUGUCAACCGAUACAGAUGUUUCUCUGUCUUCAUAUGAUGAAGAUCAGGGAUCUAAACUUAUCCGAAAAGCUAAAGAGGCACCAUUUGUCCCGAUUGGGAUGGCAGGUUUUGCAGCAAUUGUUGCAUAUGGAUUAUACAAAUUGAAGAGCAGGGGAAAUACUAAAAUGUCCGUUCACCUGAUUCACAUGCGUGUGGCAGCCCAAGGAUUUGUUGUGGGAGCAAUGACUCUUGGUAUGGGCUAUUCCUUGUAUCGGGAAUACUGGGCAAAACCUAAACUUUAGAAGAAGAGGUGCUGUCGUGCUAUCUUGGUGUUGAUGGUAUUUGUUUUAUUUAAACACCUCAAAUUAAGGUUACACAUAUAUGCUGAAAAUAAAACAUUUGAGUAGGUUCAGAUAACAACAUGGUAUUUUGAAUAUUGGCUUCCUUUCUUUCGGGCUUGAUUUGCCUGGUGACCAAAUUAUUGGUGACAAGUUUACUAACUAGGUCAUUCAGGGAAGUCAAGUUAGCACAAAAGAAACAUGUCAUCCAAAUUCUCUUGAUAAUGGUAAAAUGUCCACAUUCUUAAAGUCUCAUGAUGAAAUUAGUUCUAAAAAGUACCCUGAAGUACUUCGAGUUGCUGCAGAAUAUCACAUUGUCUGGUUGUUAUGUGCUAUUUACCCCAAUCAAUUUUUUUCUGCCCACCUUCUAAACUUGUCUAGUGUCUUGGUGUAUAGGGCUGGUUUAGUCUCAAAGAACUCAGAAAAGUGCAUGGACUAUAACAUUGUAAUGCCUCCUACAACUGAAAAUGUGUGUGUGUGUGUGUGUAUGUGUUUAAGCUAAACCUAAAAACCUGGUAACAGCUGCUUACAAGUAGUAUUUGUUGUAGAAUCGUAUUUAUAAAUAAACAUGAGGAUAACUUAAUUAUGGAUUCUAGUUUAGUUCUGUAAGAUUCAAAAAUGUUAAACAAAAUAUAUUACCGGUGUUUUGUAUUUACGAGCAAGUUGGCUUGACCAGGCAUUAUACACAAACGUGACAUACUAUAGAAUGCUUUGUUGCACUUGUGAAAUUCUCUUGUCUGACUUUACAUUCCAUGGUGAUAACAUGGUAAACAUAUUGUUAUUAAAGUGAGUAAACCCAUCAAA